AUGUCUGAAUAUCGAUUGUCACCAUUACAAGAUGCCAUAGCCGGUGCACUUUCAUCGCUAUCUGCAAAUGCAACAUCAUACCCCCUAGAUUUGAUCAAAACGAGAAUGCAGGUGCAGAGCAAGGUCCUCUCACUCAAAGGAGACGAGGUGUACCAUUCGCAAUUGGAUGCUUUUACAAAGAUCAUUCAGUCUGAGGGCAUACUUGGACUGUAUUCCGGAUUUACUUCGGACAUGAUGUCGACCCUAACCAGCUCAUUUGCCUUCUUCUAUUGCUACUCUGUGGUUCGAGGCUCCUACCACCGUUUCGCACCUGGUGAACUAUCCACUGCAUCCGAACUCGCAAUAGGAGCUAUAGCAGGUGCUCUAAGCAGAUCGUUCUCUAGCCCCGUAACCGUUAUCACAACUCGUCAGCAAACCAGCACAAUCAAACCAUCUCCAACAUUCCUUGCAAUGUUGCAGGAUAUCAUCACCCACGGCGGCAUCACUGGAUUAUGGAGAGGUCUCCCAGCUUCUCUCGUAUUGACUGUAAACCCAUCGAUAACAUAUGGGCUCAUGUCUAGGCUACGAAGCGUCUAUGCCGAAAAGUAUCCCAACCAUAAAAUGUCGACACUCCAGGUCUUUAUCCUAGGUGCCUUUACCAAGGCUGUAGCAACCAUAGUAACAUACCCACUUAUUAUAUCAAAGAUACGAUUGCAGUGGAAGCCGGCUCCUCUGCCUGCAAAUGCUACCGCAGAAGAUAAAGCGAUGCACGAAAAGCUGAGAUACAAAAAUACGUUUGAUGUAUUAAGAAAGAUCUGGGAAGCGGAGGGGAUCUUGGGAUGGUAUAAGGGGCUUGAUUCUCAAUUGUGGAAGUCAGUCCUUACACAAGCGCUUCUAUUUGCAAGCAAGGAUUACUUUGAGAGAUACACCUUGGCAAUAUUUGCUGCUUUGAGUCAGCAAACUGCUGCUAAACGGCAGAAAUUGUCAACCUGA